AAUGACUUGAGAUAAUUCGUGGUUCUUUUACACAUCAAAUUCCACUGAAUGAUACCGUCAAGAUCCAAGGUUUCGGAAUAUAAAGAUUUUUCGAGUGAUUCUGCAAAUGAAGAUGGCGACUGGUUGUCAACAAGUGCUCUGGCUGUCUCCUUCGUAGAACCAGUCCCAUCUCUACAGAAUAUUCUGCAAAAGAUUGGAAUUAGUUGUCAGAGCACAGGACAUUUUUUCUUUGCCAAAAUGCCUUUCUUAUCUAAUGAUGAUCACGUGUCUAGUUCUAGUACACCAUGGGCUGUAGCACAUUCUGCCCAAAAGCGAUGUCGUUAUUUGGAGGGUUAUCUCAAAUCCCAACAGUUGUUACGUGAGAAGUUUGUACAAGAACUGCGUCAACUAGCAGUAGUUUCAAAUAGAAGUGUCUCAAGUAGUUUGUUGACAUUUUCUAGUUUAUUAUGUCCUUUGCGUACGAAUGCAUCUGAUUCUGAAGUUGACACCCCCGCUGAUGAUGUUUUAGUGUUGUUUGGAUCUCCAGCAACAGUGUUUCAGAUACUUCUGUUCACUCCUUGACUAUCUUCUGACAUAACAAAAUUAGUACUGGAGUUGGUUUCUAAUCAGUCACUGUAUUCAGAGAAACUUCUUGAACAGUUUCAACAACCUGUGGGUCUUAGUUCAUUAUUUAGCUGCAAACAAAUCUUCUCAGACGUAUCUACACGUCUCUUAGAAGUAUUUCAAAUUAUUGAAGAACCACGGAUUCGAAUAAAAAUUCUAAGAAUUCUUCCUGAUCUCGCGUCCUCAUCUUCCUCAUCCGGAUGGAUUCUCAGCGAUGAAGAUAGAUCUUUACUUGUUUUGCAACUUGUCAAUCUCGUCGACUCGAUAUGUCUUGAAAAUCAUUGUGAUUCGACAAAAGAUUCUGAUCCUGUUGUUUGCCUUAUUGAAUGCUUGACAUACUUUUUUGUACAAGGAGAGCUAAAAGAUCGGCUCUAUAUUGCGUUGUUUAAUCUUCUCGAUCGAUGUAUUGGACUUGACUCCUACUUCUAUUAUCUUCCUGUUAUAACUCGUUGUCUUUUGAUUAAUGGACCAGCUGUACCACAAUCACCAAUUGAAUUAUCCAAACUUGUAUCACGCCUACGUUAUGUCUUUAGUUUCGCCAAAUCGAAUUCAAUCAAUUCGGCAGUUUCAAUUAAUUCCUCUCUUGUUGACGUUUUGCGAGUUGCCUUUCAGUUAAAUCGCAGUGUAUUGUCCGAAUGGGUGCGUAUAAUUGGCUUACCUAACUCCAUGCCAGAUUCCUUGUGUCAAAGUGUGGUUGAUGGUCACAACCAAUUUGUACAAGACUUUAUUGUUCUUUGCAUAUCUGUAAGCAUACCAUCAAUAUCAGCUUCCGAAAAGGGUAACAUAAAAGCAGUUUCGGAUGGAUCUUUAUUCAAAAGAGUUUACAAUCCCGAUUCUUAUCACAACAAGCGCUUGCGAAAUGAAAUUAUUUCUAAUGUGCGUCGUCUUUUAAUAGCUGGGAAGCUGUUUUCAUUUGGUAGCAUGCAUUGUGAUAUCGAUACGUUUUUAGCGGAUUAUGGCGAGCUUCUAAUUUCUGGAGAUACUCGUUUGUUCUCAUCAUUUUCAUUUAUUCUAAACCAACUUAUCAUGUCAGGAAGUUGUGUUGCUACUCGUUUCAAAUAUCUAACCAGGUAUAUUGGCUUAUGUUUGUACAUGAAAGUUUUCAACAGUUCCAAGAGUGACUACUCUCUGAGACAGGAAAUCAUAAGCAACCUUAUACAUCAUUAUUUGACAGGUAUCAAUAGCUUGUUGAUAAGAAGCGCCAAUCGUUUUCACAUGGAAGCUAUCAUGAAAGCUAUUCUGAUAACGAUAUUACGUUUAGCUCAAUCGAACGCUCGGGAAUUGGGAGUGUACGAGGCAAAUCUACGUACUCUCCAGAACCAAAUUGAUUUUUCAGGGGCGUCUUGUGAUUCAGGUGAAACUCGUUUUCAACAUUCGCGUAUGCUUCAUGGUUAUCAGUCAGGAAUUUUAAAUGACAAGCAGUACAUAAGGCAUAUAUUUUCUAUACUUGCUUGUGUAGCAUUUGGAAGCAAAGAACAUCGGAAGCAGCAAGACGAUCUGUUGUCAUUCAUCCGCAAACUGCUUUCAAGCGAAUCAUUAUUUUCCAAAUGUGUUGGCAUAAUUGGUGCAGUUGUGCUUAUCGAGGUAAUUUGCAGGCGUGAUAAUUCAUCAAGAAAUGAAGAAUGCCCCUUAAAUACUGCCUGUCCUGAAGAUGAAGAUGAUUACAUUUUACUAGCUUCCCAGCUGGCUCACAUCGAUAAUGAUCAGAGUAGUACGUUCUCUGCAAAUGUUAGUCGAAGCAGUAAUGCUAGUUCUUUGAGUUUAAAAGGUCCAGGAACAGGGUUUGCUGAUGAUCCUAAUGAAAUCAAUUUACUGGCUGGUGACAGUGAAGAAGAUAGAACCACUGACAUUUCAACUCACCGUCCACAAUUUGCAACUCCACCUACUCGUCUUUUGUUACAAUUGGUGGGAUUGGUCGAGCAUGCAAUCCAUUCGCAAUUUCAGUUGACAGUUUUCUGGCUGGAUGAACUGGCAUUCUGUUUUAAUCGAAUAACACAGUUUAGUGGUAAAAAUAAGGCGAUUCAGUUUGUUCUGGAUAGUACCUCACCAAGUGUGUUACAGUUUUCCGAAGAGGCGAAGAAUUUUAUCGUUUGGAUGGGUACUCGAGUCAUGCGCGAUUUUCAGGAUGAUUUUGUGUUGGACAAUGCUUCUACAGAAAACUUUACAACCCAGUUCUCACUACAUAAUCCUCGUCUUUGCGAAAUUGCAAUUGCACUUGGACCUACGUGGAACAAAUACUUAUCAGCUGACUCGCAUUCGCUAAAUGGUGGGAAUUCUUCAGGGCGAAAAUCAAACCGUGUUGCAAAUCCUCUAUUAUUGCCUGCUUAUUUGAAUUUGCUAGCAAUUUCUGAAGCUGUUCAGCAUGAUGGAAAUCUAAAUACCAUCGAUGCUCUCUUAGGUUGUCCGCUUUUGUUGCCAACUGAAUUCGCUGAUACUAGAUUUACUAAAUUACUUUUAGGAGACAACGUGGUCAGCAUCAAACAGCCUCAUUUACUUAUGAUCAUAAUUAAUUGGUUUAUAGAAACUAUAAAUGUUUUCGCUCCUAAAUUACCGUGUGUUGAUUCAUCCAAUUCACAAACGUUUUCUCUCGGAGCAAUUUCAUCAGCCAAUAUGUCUAAUGCAAAUCGAAUACAUUAUUUAUCAAUUCUCCUACGUUUUACUCAGAUCGCGAAACUCCGCUACAGCCUCUAUAGUUAUUUAGCAUCUGUGUUUGAUACGAAUAAUGUGCAACAGCAGGAUGCAGAUGUCGAUACUGAAACUGAAGUUCGUAGAACACAGGUUAGUGUUGCUCCAGUAAACAAGUCUGGAUUAUCGUGGUCUGAUUUACGUCUUCCUACAGCUAGUUUCCAGCCGGCAAUGUGUUAUUCAAGUGUACCAUCGACAUCCUAUGGUAAUGGAUCCGGUCAACCUUUUGUCACUUGUGGUGUUCAUCUGCAGUCAUUUCUUUCUAAUGAUGGAGAUUGUUUAUUCGCCCGAAAAAGGACUGGAACUAGCUCAAAAUUCAGUAGUUGUGCGAACAGGAAUACGUCGCGUGCUGUUGAUGUAGGUGCGAAAAAACGUAAGAAAAUAUUGGAUACCAAAGGAACAUGUGAGAAUCGAGACAGCUAUGCAUCUGAACUAAGCGAUUCAUCAGUCUCUCAAAACGACUCUAACAUUACUCAGCGUACUGAUUCACAAGUUUCCCAAGUGUGCAAAACUGGUGGCAAAAAGUCUGCGCGUACAAAGUUAUCGAAAAUGGCUUUAGUUGGCACUAGAAAAGGCAGAAAAUCCAGCAAACAUUGUGUCACGGUAUGCGAGCUCUUCAUUAUUAUAUUUUUGUCACCUUGAAUUGAUUUAAUUUUCUUGAUUUUUCCCUAUAAAAUCUACGAGUCAUGUUUGCGUGACUGCUAUUUUUCUCAAGACAAACUAGUUCCUGUUUGUUUAUAGACAAGCUGUUGGUCAAAUUCAAAUACUUGUUGUCAUUCCCCCACUUGCACCAACUUUGGUCGUCCGUCAGAAGAUCCGUAUAAUGUACAACUGUCCUUUUCAUCCUACUUUGUGACUGUCCAAAAAGUUGUUUCAUUUUCGACAUCCGACAGAUGUUAAUUGUUUUCUAGUUUUAAUAAAGCAUUGAAAAUAUUACGAAGGAAAGCCUGUCAUUGUAGCUGGCAAAAGAUGUGUGUACUGUCUUAUAGUCCAAAACAUUCUCUUAGUUAAAGGCCAUGUGAUCCUGAAGAAAUACUUAUUUUCUGUGGUGAAUGAGUUUAAGGUGUCUCAUAUCUAACAGACUAUAUGAUAAGGAAGAUUAACACCAAGUUUCACCAAAGCUAUGUGAGACUGAAUUAGUUGUUGAGAAACAACUAUUCAAUUAAUUUUAACGUCUCAGAAUGCAUAGAGAGAAGUGCGAUAUUGGCUUCGCUUAACUUUCGAAUUUCUAUCAUCUCUGCAAACAUUUAUGCAGUUUAGCAAGUUACUGUUCCAUUCGAUUAUUUGAUUAAUGUAUGGUGAAUUUCCAGCACAUUAUUUUCCACCUGUAAUUGGUGUGGAUAUAAAUGUCACCAUAAACACCAUUUAGUAAAUGUGCUUUACUUUUUUGGAUCAUCGAGUUCUAGUAGUUAAGCCUAACGAACAUAGUCUCUAA